ACCUCAGGUGGCCCCCAACUGAUGAAUCUGGCCCCGGGUUUAUACUGUACCUAAGCUUGUGGGCUCCUUAGGCGCAGGCUCUCCAGGGCGUAAGCCUCCCUAAGGAGGCCCGAGGGCCCACUAAGGUAGGCUCCCUAGGCUGAGGAGGCUAGGGUAGGCAAUCCUCUGAGCGUCCGAUCUAUGGAGCCAAGCCUCCUUCCUCCCCCGCACACAGCUCCAGAUUCAUCUCUCGGUCGAGGGGGAAGGUUGUUGGCCCGCGGGAGGCGCAGUGGAGGUAGUACUGUAGCAACACUCAUGACUACCUACCUAAUGAUAGGCGAAUGCUUGAUUCUAUGAUGAUUUAUGAGCGCUCAUGAAGGCCAUUUGGCUGUCGGACGCGAACGAAAAGUGUCACACAUGUGACUAUCGACAGGGUUACCAAGGUAGUAGGCAGCAACAGUUACUCCGUUGGUACUUGUGCACUCCUCACAGCACCCCCGGUUCACACGAAGGAAGUGAAAAGUCCAUCGGGGAUUAUCUAUCCUGAUCCGUCCAGACCACCAGGAUCACCAGCGACAAACCACUAAUUCCUGCAAUGGAAGCGCUUCCGCAGUUGUCUGAUCAACUCUUUCCAGAUAGCUUGUUCGAUUGGGACCCUGUCCCUGACGAUGACUGGUUUUGCGCCAACGCAGCUGACCGGCUUCGCGAGACCCACGGUCCAGAAAGCGGACUGAGGCAGUCACCUUUUCCAAUCGCUUCAGACAUGAUUCCCUUGGAGGAUUCAGAAGAGUCAGGUUUAGAGUCAGAUCCAGAGGCAGAAAGAGCCUGCAGGACCUUGCUCUCGAAACCCGAGAUUGAUAUGAGCACGGCACUUUCACUUUGCAGAACCAGGUCGGAAGAUUCUGCUGGAUCGGAUCAAUUCGCUCGUGGGGCCGAUCACCAACUAGAUUCCGCCUACGACGAGUUCUUGCCCAAUCUCUAUACAAAUCAGCGUGGUCCAUCAGAGCCCCCUAUUCUUACAGACGUUCCCCCAGCGCUGAUCCAAGAAUUGGGGCGAAUACUGCCAAGGGCUUUGCGGGACGAGGUCGUGGUGUUGUAUUUUCGCCAUGUUCACCCCCUCUGUCCCAUUGUCGACGAAUUCGAAUUCGCCCGGAUUUAUCGAGAAUGCGAGCGAGAGGAGGACUUAUUUUCUAGGUUUGAUGUGAUGCUCUUCCUGGCAAUGAUGUUCGUCGCGUUUGCGCACGUGGGAAAUUCAGCAUUGGAGAUGAGCUCGGCGUCCACCGUCGUUGCAGGUCAGAAGGCGCUGCUGGAGCACGUCAAGUCUCUGUACAAGAACAGUUCUACCUAUACAAAUCAGACCACGCUUACGUGCACCUGUCUACUACUCAGUUACUGGAGUCCAUUUGAUCUCGACACCCAAGUGAACUCUCGCUGGGUGCAUCGGGCUUUCUUUCAUGCCAGACAAGCGAGACUGGGGGAUCCCGACUUCGACAGCGGAACAAUGUUUUCUCGGCGGAAGAUCAUCUGGUGGUCCUGCGUGCUCAGGGAUCGCCUGGUCAGCGUCGGGUUGCGGCGCCUACACCGCUUGCACAAGAUCGAGUCUCGCUGGGGACCAGUCACGACCGCGGAUUUCGGAGCCGAAGCCGUCUGUCCUCAAUUCAUGGGUGUUGAAUCAAAGAGAGUCAUGAUGUCGGCUUUUAUUUGGAUGUGCAACCUUAUUCCACUGAUUUGUGGCAUAGGUACUUUUCACGCCAACCGCAAGUUCCAAUGGGAAUGGCGUGAUGUCUCGAGCGCGAACCACGACUUGCUGUUGGAGGAGUUGAUGCAGUGUUCGGCCUAUGAAUCUCAGCUCAAGGAGUGGAAAACCAGAUUCAAACAGGAGUUGGGAUUUGCCAUGGUGAAGGAAUCUGCAGAAAUGAGCAGAGUGCCGUUGCGCUUCCCGCAGCUCGUCAACCUUUCACUCUUCGCUGCUCUUUACCGCCCAUACCUGAAAUGUAACCUUCAUGAAAGUCCUCUCGGCGUCCGUUUCCGCACCCUAGCCGCCACCAAGGUAAAGGAAGCGUCUGCGAAGGUGGUCAAAACGGUCCAUCAGAUCUUCUCCGAAAGCAAAGUCGAGCACGUCCCUCUUGCGGUGACCGCUUGGAUCGCUUUGCCUCUUGCUGUCUGUGAGGUAGACUGGCAUGCCACCGGCGGGCAAUCAUCUUGCUUGACCGUAAGCCAGCGUUCGGAGAUCAUGAUAUCACUGAACGCUUUGGCCGAACGUCUCUGCGGUGUCAAACCCACAUACCAGCUUCUGAGUUGGGUUGCAACCCUGGCGUCAAGCCAGGAAAGUUCUCAUGUGCGUGCCACCAAACGAGCUCGGCUUGAUCUCGAGCAGCUGGUGACGCAGUCGCCAGAGGAGACGCCUCAUACCGAAGAUGAAGACUCGUAUAUACUUGAUCUUGUGGCUGGUGCAGUAGAUCUUUCUCUGUCCAGCGACGAAAAGCCGUCAACGGUCACAUGACAUGGAAUUUGACAGAGAAGCAUAUUCCUACAUAAAGCCGGUGCAGACCGGCAAAGGACGACUGCCAAUGAUUUGGGAACGGCCAUCUCGCUACCCGAGCUGCUCAAUUCGCACCCUUACUUCUCAAUCCACGCCAAUCGAGUCCAUCAGAUAAGUCAGAAAAUCCGUACCAGGACCCGGGUCCAGCCCAGAACCUGAUUGUGCCAUACCGACGAGCUUAGAGAGCAGCUUCGCAGGCCGUUCGGCAAGCUGAAAGCUCCCUGAAAGCUCUGUGAGGGUAUCUGACAAGGCGGAGAGGUGUCCGAUCUCAAGUUCGCUCUUGAGUCCUUCCGCAUAUAUUUCAUCCGCCAAAACAGCUGAGGCCGCCAAAACGAAGUAGACUGCCCGGACACCUAAGUGGGUUACUUGAUAAUGCUGUUCAUAUCCGGUGAUAACUUCGGAUAAUCUGAUGGAGUUUUUCAAGCAUGCAUUUCGCGAGAUGGAAGACAACAUGUCUUUGGACCAAGUCGACCCGCCGGUACUUCUGUCAACGGUCAUGUGGUAGCCGGCAGUUCUCCGAUGCAAGCAUAUGAGUGUUGAGUGGUAAAACAUACUGUGAAAAUUAGCAUAACUCAUGUUCCGGAGACGCUCAUGAUGACAUGCUCGUGGACAACAUCAGCGCCCCCAGAUGUACACACUUACAGCAGGACAAACACUUCGGCCGAAGGUGGAUGGCGGCUCUGAGAUAGACAUCUCCAAUCCCACGAAAGUCGAGAAUACCAACGAUGACAGCCGGCGUCCACGCCGGCCAGUCGUUCGAGGUCGGGCGCAUAUUCGGUACUGGAAUUUGACUGUGCCAGGGUCGUUGCGGCCGUGGCAAUUCCAAUAAAUUCGAUCCAACUGUCACAAACCGAGCGUCUUGCCUGAGCGCCCGAACAAAGAAGUGCGCAAUGAGCCAAAGCUUCUCGAAACGCGGAGUCAUUAUUCGAUGUUGGGUAUCCUGGUCGGCGUUGAACACGAGUUGCGCUGGGAAUGGUAUGCCAAAACCUAGCUUGAAUCAGCCAAGCCUCGGCAUUGUUCCAGCGUACUGACGUACUGUGAGGUAACUGUGUAGAAGAUCACUGUGCGAUAAACAGCCUCGUCGGCUUGGGCUGAGGUCGUUGUCUCGAGUAUCCGAGUCAACAUUUUCCCUGCUUCAACUGCUCGAGCGGCUUGACAUUAGCGGGCCGAGGUCUCGUUGGGUAAACAUGCUGGCGGGAAGCGAAUGAAAACACUGUUGGCACCAAUUGUGGGAAUGGCGAUCGAUCAACUGCCUCGUACGAGUGGAGGAGAAUUUUGAGUAUAAACGGCUAGAUGAGUUACACUUACCAUGAUGUGCCCUAGCCCUUUGUAGAUUACCGAUGGCGCAUUCCAGGUCCGCCAGCAACAAGAAACUUUGGACGGUUGCCACGCAUUCGUGGGCGAAGUCAUCGAUACUGAAAUUGCGGGCGACCCUAUGGAAAUGACGUUGCCGUGAUGGAUCGGCGGCAGCAUAGAGGGCCCCUGUCGCAAUCAUGCAGGCUUGAAGCGUACGUGAGUAAUAUCGCAACCUGCGUGCUGCUCGAUCAGCUUCAAAUAGUGACUGGACCACCAAAGGCAAAACAGCGUUACAUGUCGACCAGUAGGCGUCUAGCUGGUCUUUCUCUUCCUGUGAGAGGCUCGUAGACAUAGCAGGGCCGUCCGCAUCGCUUGUCCUAUUGCCAUCAUGGUGGUGGUCUAGGGGCGGGAAUUCUCGGCUUUGCCUGGAUCGCUCGACGGGGUUCUCCCAGAGGGCAUCGGCUGGUGGGAACGGCGGCCCUGCUUGCUCGUGCGGAAUAGGGAAGGAUUUGUGCUGGCUGCCAGUGCUCGUCUGCUCCAGAGAUGGCUUUUGAUACACUACUCGUUGAACGAAAGACUCCAGAUAUCGAAUGCGGUCUUCGAGAACAUAAGUGUAGGCCUGAGAUCGCGGACUGUCACGAUGAGAAUAAUCCGAUGCUCACGUUGG